GGAGGGGCGGCCGGAGCGCCUGGGAUUCCCUGCGGAACCGCGCGGCCCCGGGCUCCCAGUCUCCAGCCCGCCUGUCGCCGGCCCACCGCGGCCGCCGCGCCCUCCGGUCCUCCCGACGAGCCGGUCAAGGCCGCGCCGGAGAAGAUGUACCAGAGCCUGGCGUUGGCUUCGAGCCCGGGCCAGGCCGCCUACGCCGACGCGGGUGCCUUUCUGCACCCGCCGGGCGCCGGCUCCCCGGUGUUCGUGCCGCCGGCGCGCGUCCCCUCCAUGCUGCCCUACCUGCCGGCGUGUGAGCCCGGUCCGCAGCCGCCGGCACUCGCCGGGCACCCCGGCUGGGCGCAGGCGGCGUCGGCGGACUCAUCAGCCUUCGGCUCCGGCAGCCCACACCCUCCGACCGCUCAGCCGCCCGGGGCCGCCGCCUUCCCCUUCGCGCACAACCCCCCAGGCCCGGGCGGUGGUGGUGGUGCGGGGCUCCGGGACGGCGGCGCCUACCAGGGCGCGCUGCUGGCUCGCGAGCAGUAUCCAGCCCCGCUCGGGCGGCCGGUGGGCGCCUCGUACCCCACCGCGUACCCGGCCUACGUGAGCACCGAGGUGGCCCAGUCCUGGACCUCCGGAGCCUUCGAGGGUAGCGUCCUGCACAGUCUCCAGGGCCGACCGGCUGGCCUCUCAGGACGCAGAGCCACCUUGGUGUCGGACUUCUUGGAGGAGUUUCCCGGCGAGGGUCGGGAGUGUGUCAACUGCGGAGCCCUGUCCACACCACUGUGGCGCCGAGACGGCACCGGCCACUACCUGUGCAACGCCUGCGGUCUCUAUCACAAGAUGAACGGGGUCAACCGGCCACUCGUGAGGCCACAGAAGCGCCUGUCCUCGUCCCGCCGUGCCGGCCUCUGUUGCACCAACUGCCACACGACCACCACCACACUGUGGCGGCGAAACACAGACGGCGAGCCUGUGUGCAACGCCUGCGGCCUCUACACGAAGCUGCACGGGGUGCCCAGGCCCCUGGCAAUGAAGAAGGAAAGCAUCCAGACGCGGAAACGGAAGCCUAAGAAUGUCACCACCAAGGCCAAGGGCUCCUCAGCGUCCACAGUCAGCACCACGGCCUCCCCACCAUCCUCUGUCCCCAACCCUGAGAGCUCAGUGGCCACUUUGAAACCUGAACCCAGCCUGGCGUCCCCUUCGUGCUCUGGGCCCAGCAUCAUCUCCCAGGCCUCCGGCCAGGUGGACAACCCCUUGGCCCCCAGCCACUUGGAGUUCAAAUUCGAGCCUGAGGACUUCUCCUUCCCCUCCACUGCUCUGGGUCCCCAGGCUGGCCUCGGGGGUGCCCUCCGCCAGGAGGCCUGGUGUGCGCUGGCCUUGGCCUAGGUCACUAGUCACCCACCGGACCCACCUUGCUACCUGUGUCGCUCCAGCUCAGCGGAGAGACCAUCCGCCCCCCCUGCCAGAAGAGACGGGAGCCGGCAGGCCCUCCAGGCACUGGGCAUCCCUCAGCAGGUGGCAGGGAGGCUUUCUGCAUACAGCAGCCAGACCCCAGAGCAGGAGGAAGGCUGCUGGGAGAAGGGCUCAGCACCCCCCAGACAGCGAGGAACCCCUAAAUGCUGCACGAGGCUCGGAACCACACUGACCACUCCAGCCAAGGCUGAGCCGGGGUGCCCACUGCCACCUUGAACUCUGUGGUCAACACUCGCCGUUGUCAUGUUUACAGGUUGCAGCAAUUGGAAAAAAAACCAACCUUUUGUUGUAAAGCCAGGAUCACAAGUGGAGUGGCCAAGGCCAGGCAGAAAUGGGAAUGAGGGCCGCAGCCGGCUGGGGACGCCCUCAGGCCUCAGGUCUGUCCUUCAUUUCCCGCGUUUGAAUGAUGGAGCCACGGCACAAAAACCUUUUCUCCUCUGAGGGCAGGACUGCCAGGGAUGGGUGUCCAGGUCGUGCACUGCACCAGGACGCCACCCCAGGGGAAGCCCUUCACACCCGUGGCCAUUGGGGACUUGUGUAUUUAUUUGGACGGUUUUCCCAGAGGGGGCAGUAAAGGGCCUUGUUCUGACCGGAUCUGUCUCUGAGCAUCUCUAGUGGGCAGAGGAAGGACCUGGCCCUGAUCUGACCUGCACAAGCUGCUGGCUUGUCUGGGGUCCCAGCAGAAUGGUGAAUCCCAGCCCCUUUCUCUUACAGAAGGCCUCCCCUCACAGGGUGGGAUCACAGAUGAGUUGGUCAUGCCUGCUGGACGCAACUCUGCCCAAGGGAGCCGAUGGAUGGCUCCUAACAGCUUGACGUUGGGGAGGCCUUAGGGACCGGAGGGGAGUGGGGCGCGCCCGCCCAGGGCAUCACCUCCAUUCAGGUGCCGCCUGUCACCGAGACCUGAUUUUUCCAGGGAAGCCAGAAACUGGAAUUUUUUUAUUUUUAUUUUUUAAUGUAAAGUCUUCCGACUGAAUGUUUCUUUCCCCAAACUCCCAAUUUGAUUCAAAGAUCUUUUCAAUAUUAUGAGCCAGCAAGACAGCUGUGAGCCCGCCACCAUCGUGCCGGUUUGUUUCCCUGGCGUCAGCUUCCAGAGUGUUUCCGUUCAUCCUGCAGUUGUCCCUUGAGAUUCAACCAGCCCAAUGAUGUUGUCUUUUUUUUUUUUUUUAAAGACAAAUGAGGCCAUAAGGAAACAUGUGA